CUUCCAGGGAAAACGUAUAUUAGUCAUAUCUCUCAUGAGUUGAUUAAAAAAGAAAGGAAAAAAGGGAGAAGACUGGGCUAGCUAGCUAGAUAAAAGAAUAUCCCAAACCCCACCCAAUUUGAUUCACAUCGACUACAGAAAAAGAAAAGCACAUUUAAACAUGUAUGUAUGUAUAUAUAUGUAUAUAUAUAAAUAUCCAACUUCAAGAUCCUCUCUUUUAUCAUUCUCUACCCCAAUAUUCCCACAGUUAAAAACACAAACACCCAUCCCCUUACCUUCACUCCAAGCCAUCCCCAACAAACUCCAUCCGAAUUCUAUUGAUGUGGGUCUCUGGAUUUUGGUUAAAUGGAUACCUUGUUUAGGCUAGUUAGUCUCCAACAACAAUCUGAACAAUCUUUCAACUCUACUAGCAGAACCUCUAGUAGCUCUAGAUCAUCAAGACAAAACAACAACCACCACCAUCAUCACUAUCAACAAGAAGACGAAGAAUGCUUCAACUUUUUCAUGGAUGAGGAAGACUUCUCUUCAUCUUCUUCUAAGCACUACUAUCCUCCUUAUCACCACAACCAACAACAACAACAUCAACACCAAACCACCACCACCACUCCUACCACUACUACCACCAACACUAGCACCCCUUCUACUCACCAUGUCCUUGAUUCCGCUGACUUCUCUUUCUCCCCUUCUCAUGACCUAAACUUUGAAUUUUCCGGCAAGUGGGUCACCGAUAUCCUCCUUGAAUCUGCACAUGCCAUCGCGGAUAAAAACAGCGCUCGUCUCCAGCAAUUGAUGUGGAUGCUUAAUGAGCUUGGUUCACCUUAUGGUGACACAGAGCAAAAACUUGCUUCUUAUUUUCUCCAAGCUUUGUUUAGCCGCAUGAACGACUCCGGCGAGAGAUGCUACCGUACUUUAGCUUCAGCAUCAGAGAAAACUUGCUCUUUUGAUUCCACAAGGAAAAUGGUAUUAAAGUUUCAAGAGGUGAGUCCUUGGACUACUUUUGGUCACGUAUCUUGUAAUGGCGCAAUUAUGGAAGCAUUUGAAGGUGAAAGCAAAUUGCAUAUUAUUGAUAUUAGUAACACAUAUUGUACCCAAUGGCCUACUUUGCUCGAAGCCCUAGCAACUCGCACUGAUGAGACACCACACUUGAAGUUAACCACCGUAGUGGCUAGCAAAAGUAGUGGUAAUAAUAUUGGUUUAACUAGUACAGGAGGUUUAGCUUCAGUUCAUAAGGUAAUGAAAGAAAUUGGCAACAGAAUGGAAAAAUUUGCCAGGCUUAUGGGAGUCCCAUUUAAGUUUAAUGUUAUCCACCAUGCUGGUGAUUUAUGUGACCUAAACUUAGCUGAAUUGGAUGUUAAAGAUGAUGAGGCUCUUGCUAUCAACUGUGUUGGUGCUUUACACUCAAUCACUCCAGCUUCUCGUCGCCGAGAUUAUGUUAUAUCUAGUUUUAGAACAUUGCAACCAAGAAUCAUUACUGUUGUUGAAGAAGAAGCUGAUCUUGAUGGUCUGGAUUUUGUCAAGGGUUUUCAAGAAUGUUUAAGAUGGUUUAGGGUUUACUUUGAAUCAUUGGAUGAGAGCUUUCCAAGAACCAGUAACGAACAGUUGAUGCUUGAAAGAGCAGCAGGCCGCGCUAUCGUUGACUUAGUGGCAUGUCCUCCAUCUGAUUCGAUCGAAAGGCGGGAAACAGCCACGCGCUGGUCUGGACGCCUCCAUUCAUGUGGUUUUAGCCCGAUAAUUUUCAGUGAUGAGGUUUGUGAUGAUGUACGCGCCUUAUUGAGGAGGUAUAAGGAGGGUUGGUCAAUGACACAGUGCGGGGAUGCCGGAAUAUUCUUGUGCUGGAAGGAACAGCCGGUGGUGUGGGCUAGUGCAUGGAGGCCCUGAUUGAGAUUGGUGAUGGUUUUCACUUUUCACUUUUCUUUUCUUUCUUUUUUCUUUUGUUUUUGCUUUUCUCCUUGUAUUUUUUUUUUUUCAAAGUUAGUUUGAGUGAUUGGCACGUUUGAUGUGUUUAUUUGGGCACGUGCAUGGAUUAAGGAUUGGAAUAGUAAAUGAAGUUAAUCAAUUUUCAUU